UAGAAAGUCAGUUUGGAAAAGGAAGUAAAUUUUGGUUUACAUGGAAUGUCGAAUUAUUACCAUUAACAACAUUCAUGAUUUCAAAAUUUCCAACAUCCUCAUUCUUAAAGACACAGUUACAACAAAGUUAUGUAUUACCCAAUGUUAUAAAACAAAAACGGAUACUAAUAAUUCAUCCAGUCGAAAGUAUGAGAAAUGCAAUAUUUAAAUACCUUAAAGAUGUCAGAAAAGUUGAUGCGUUCGAUGUUUUUGAUAAGGGUAUUAAAGCAGCACGAACAUAUAAAGAAUUGCAUGAACGUUCUGCUUAUGAUAUAGUGUUCAUCAAUCUUUAUGAAAAUAAUGAAGAAGAGGUCAUAAAAGUAGCAUUAGAAUUAAGAGAGUUAGAGAUGAAUAGUAGUAAUUUAGUAAUAAUUUUUAUAGUAUUUCCGACUAAUGAAGGAAUUGCAUUAGCUAAAAGAUUAAUAAGUAAAGUUGGGGGAGUAACUUCGGUCAUUUAUACUCCAAUUACAUGGAAAAAAUUAAUUGAACAAUUUAUGUAUAUAGAAAAAAAUGAAGCUAUUAACAAAAACAAUACAAAUUUGCACAGUCAUGAAAACGAAAUUGCAAAUAUUCUGAAGCGAGUAGCGGAUUAUGGAAUUUGUGAGAUGGAAAAUGCGAAUCAAGAUAUAUAUGAGGGAAUAACGAGAAAAGAUUUUGAAAGCAAAUGUAUUUUAUGUGUGGACGAUGAUCCUAUUAGUUUAGAGAGCACAUUACAGAAAGUUUCAAAACUUGGAUAUUCAACAAUCUCUGCAACAAAUGGCCAAGAAGCAGUCAAGUUGAUUGAUUCUGAGUUUAAAUUAUUAAGCAAUAUGUACACGAGUUCAUCUAAUCCAGAUAUGGAUCAAAUAAAAUCUCACAGAAUCUCACUAAUUUUAACAGAAUGCAAUUUACCAAUAAUGUCAUGUUUUGAUAUUUCGCGAAUAAUUAAAGCAAUGAGGCCACCAAUUUCAAACAUACCGAUUAUUGUCCUAACAACAUUUACUAUAAAAGAGAUACAAG